AUGGCGAAGUCCAAUCCGCUACAGAACAUGAAAGCGAUGAUUGGGCGUAGCGCCAUCGGGGAUCGCCAGUCCGCGUCCAAACUCCCCAAAGUCUUAGACAUCUCUGAACCCCAAUCCACCAACUACAACGCUCUUGAUAUCAUCGUUCCUCGUCAAGGAAAGCUCGGGACAGGCGCAACUGUCGUCCGGACUCCAGAAGAUGCCCUUCACGAGUUUAUCAGCGAGGAUGGCCGUCUCGUGCAGCCUUCUUCCAAGGCGCUCCCGUCUCCGCCUUUGGCGUCUUCUCCGACGGCCAUUCCGACUUCGCGGAGCUCGCCGAGCCUGCCGCUGCGAGAAAUCCAAGAGGCAAAGCCUGCUCCAAUCGGUCCUCUUCCACCCGUCCCCGGCCCCUCGACAGCGACUCGCCUUCGGCCCUCAAUGAAGCCACGCGGUAGCUCUCCUCCGUCAUCGGGCGAGUUCUGUCCCCCGGUCCCCGCACUCCCUGCACACGUCACGACAUCCCCUCCCCAACCUCCCUUCGACGCCAUCCUCCUGUCCGACGCUCCCCCGGGCAACGCCGACCCUAAGAAGACGAUCGUCGUCCUCGAGACUAGCACCGCGACGUACAAGACGACUCUGGCCACUCUCACGUCAUCGGAGUCACACUUGUCGACCUACCUGACCUCCCUGCGGGAGGACGGCGAGGACGAGGUGGUGGUUGGGUCCCACGCGGAUGACACUGCUUCUGUUUACUCGACGCAGAGCGAGACCAACACGGAUCUGUUCAAUUCCCUUUUCCAGCGACAUCUGGCCACUACGGGCGUGAUCACGAACCGGAAACCUCGAGUCUCCCCGGUACACAUAUUUUUGGAUCGUCCUAGCGCACCAUACGCGCAUAUACUCAACUAUCUCCGGACCCCCUCCACUCCCGAUGCGCCGCCGAUGCUGCCUCGCGCCGUGCAGCUCUUCCUCUCCUCUUCCUAUCCGUCCCGGGACCGCCUCGAGUCCCUGCUCGAGCUGCGCGACGAGGCCAAGUACCUCGGCCUGGACGCACUGUACACGCUUUGCGUAGAGGAGCUCGGCCACCGCACGUCGCAGGGCCCCCGGCCCACGCACGCCCGCGGUAUGAGCUCCAGCUCGACGCACACCUUCGCCUCCGGCUCCUCCAACACCCACGUCAACCCCGAGCUCUCGACGCCGUCCAUCCAUAGCGUCCUCGACGCGCAGAAGUCGAGGGCGCGACAAGGCCAGGACGUGCCUAGUUCACCCCCGGUUCCGCCGGCGACCCUGGCUGGUCGCCGCUCACGAAGCGAUGUCACCUCCAUGACCCGCGUGCGCCCUGCACCGGGAUGGAUAUGA